UUCUCGUGGGUUACUACAGAGAACCUCGAGACCUGUCUUGUCUUUAUGCUUCAGAAGCAAAUCAAAGCAUCUCCCCAAGAUUUGAAGCUCCAUCAAUGGCUGCCCUUCUUCUCCUUUUCCUUUUCCUCUUUGCAAGUUCUGCUCUCUCUCAAGAUUCUUUGAUCGGUGUGAAUAUUGGUACUGAAGUGACAAACAUGCCAAGUCCAACACAAGUAGUAGCACUCCUCAAAUCACAGAACAUCAACCGCGUCCGCCUCUAUGACGCAGACCGCUCAAUGCUUCUCGCGUUUGCUCACACCGGCGUACAAGUUAUAAUCUCAGUACCUAACGACCAGCUUCUUGGUAUCAGCCAAUCAAACGCAACUGCAGCCAAUUGGGUCACUAGAAACGUAGCUGCUUAUUACCCUGCGACCAACAUUACCACAAUCGCGGUUGGAUCAGAAGUCCUAACCAGCCUACCAAACGCAGCGUCUGUCCUUGUCUCAGCCCUCAAAUACAUCCAAGCUGCUCUCAUCACCGCCAAUCUUGACCGUCAGAUCAAAGUAUCGACCCCUCACUCUUCAACCAUCAUUCUUGAUUCUUUCCCUCCUUCACAAGCUUUCUUCAACAAGACUUGGGAUCCAGUUAUUGUCCCUCUCCUCAAAUUCCUACAGUCCACAGGAUCGCCAUUGCUGCUCAACGUUUACCCGUAUUUCGACUAUGUUCAGUCCAAUGGAGUUAUACCGCUUGACUAUGCGCUUUUCCAGCCUCUCCAAGCCAACAAAGAAGCUGUAGACGCCAACACAUUGUUACAUUACACAAAUGUUUUUGAUGCAAUUGUCGACGCUGCAUAUUUUGCAAUGUCUUAUCUUAACUUCACCAACAUUCCAAUCGUGGUCACAGAAUCCGGAUGGCCAUCUAAAGGAGGCCCGUCUGAGCACGACGCAACUGUAGAGAACGCAAACACUUACAAUAGCAAUUUGAUCCAGCACGUGAUCAACAAGACUGGAACGCCAAAACACCCGGGAACUGCAGUUACUACAUACAUCUACGAGCUUUACAAUGAGGAUACGAGGCCAGGACCGAUAUCUGAGAAGAACUGGGGGCUGUUUUAUACAAACGGGACUCCGGUUUACACAUUGCGUUUGGCGGGCGCAGGGGCGAUUCUGGCAAAUGAUACUACAAACCAGACAUUUUGUAUAGCGAAGGAAAAGGUUGAUAAAAAGAUGCUUCAGGCAGCUCUUGACUGGGCUUGCGGUCCAGGGAAAGUUGAUUGCUCGGCACUGAUGCAGGGAGAGUCAUGCUAUGAACCCGACGAUGUGGUUGCACAUUCUACUUAUGCGUUUAAUGCUUAUUACCAGAAGAUGGGAAAAGCUUCAGGAAGCUGUGAUUUCAAAGGAGUGGCUACAGUCACCACCACUGAUCCAAGUCGAGGAACAUGUGUGUUCCCUGGAAGUGCGAAAAGCAAUCAGACAAUUGGAAACAACACCACGGCGUUAGCCCCCUCAGCGAACUCUACAACAUCUGGAUGCAUCCCAAAAAACUCUGAAAAGAACAACAACAACAACUCUCGAUUCUUGUUUCUCUAAAUUUUAACUUCUUUCUUUGAAACACUUGAGACAAAAGAGCUCGGUGGGUUUGUUCUCUCUGAGUCUAGUUGUCUACCCAGUUUUGUUGAUCAUCUCCUUUUAACAAGGAGUUCAUUGAGGGUAGCUUGUAGGUUCGGCUUCAAGAUCAUCGAUGAUUGUAACUAAUUC